AGUGUUUUUAUCAUCAUAGAAUAAAACACAAGCAAUAAUGAACACACAAAACAAUGGAUUCGCAAGCACAAACACACUUCUACAAGAAAGAGCGGAGGAAAUUCUCGUUAGUCACGUACAUCCUGACAUUCUUCUUUCUGCUUCUAUCGGGGAUUCAAUGGCAUUUCAUUCAAGAAUCUGACGAUGUAAACGAAUUCUUCACCAAAAAAGAUUGGGUGGGGAGCUUAUUUUUCGCCGUGGGACUAAUAAUCUUUGCCGUAUUCAUUUUCUUCGAGACUUUGCGCUUUAUGGUGCCCCUCAAUUGGAUCUUGGCCAUCGUUAUAUUUGAGUGUGUUGUCAUGGGAGUCACGUCUCUGGCGGUUCGUCACCAUAAAUUUCAAUUGCUGCUGAGCUUCACCAUCUGGGCAGUGAUUCUGGGCAUCUUUCUUCUGUGCGGCUCCUUUCUGCCGCACGAUCUCACUCUGGAUAUUGUUGUGCUGUUUGUGCUUGCCAUCCUGGCCCUCAUUGGCGCCAUGUACUUCCUAAUGAUGCACAUCGUGACCAAUAUGCCGUAUUCGUUUUUGAUCCAUCGGGGAUUUGUUUUAAGCAGCAUCUGGAUGUUUGUCAUGUAUCAUGCACAGAUCAUCAAUGGUGGAAAGUUUGCGGAAAUGCGCACCAAGGACUAUUUGCUGGCAGCUUUGAUGCUCUUUCACGACUUUCUUCUAAUGUUUUUGCUAUCAUUUCAUAUGGCCCCCAAAUGGUCCGAUUCAUGUGAUCGCCAUAUGAAUGACACUUCAAUGGUGAUAUUCGUAACAAUCGAGCCAACCUCAGCGCUUUUUUAGGACAAGGUC